AUGUUGAGAGACUCAAGUUGGAAGCUAGCAAGCGGAUUUUGUUGACAAUUGACCGCAAAGAUGACUGUGACAGGUUUAGAUGCUAGCAAAGUGAAAAUCUCCCUUGUGGAUACCCCGUCCAAGCCACGACUCAACGACGAGUUAGUCUUCGGGAGGACAUUCACAGACCACAUGUUGACCGUGGAAUGGACUAAGGAAAAAGGUUGGGACGUGCCAGAGAUCAAGCCAUAUGGCAACCUCAUCCUAGAUCCUUCUUGUGCUGUGUUCCACUACGGAUUCGAGCUGUUUGAGGGUUUAAAGGCCUACAAGACUUCGGACAAUCAGGUUACGAUGUUCCGCCCAGAUAUGAACAUGAAGCGUCUCAACAAGUCUGCAGCAAGAAUCUGCUUGCCCAUUGUGGACCCAGAGGAGCUUAUCAAGCUGAUGGGCAAGCUCAUCGAGCAAGACAAACAUCUGGUGCCUGAGGGCCGCGGUUACUCUCUAUAUCUUAGACCAACCAUGAUAGGGACCACUGCUGCGCUCGGCGUGAGUGCACCAGACAAAGCCCUCCUGUUCGUUAUUGCAUCUCCUGUGGGACCUUACUACAAAACUGGUUUCAAAGCUGUGAGACUGGAGGCUACGGACUACGCUACCAGAGCAUGGCCCGGUGGUGUGGGCGACAAGAAACUGGGUGCAAACUAUGCACCAUGCGCUCUGCCUCACCAACAAGCUGCUGCAAGAGGCUACCAUCAGAAUCUUUGGCUAUUUGGGCAUGAAAAGAACAUUACCGAAGUGGGUACCAUGAACGUGUUUUUCGUUUUCAAAGACGCUGUCACUGGCAAGAACGAGCUGGUGACAGCGCCCUUGGACGGUACUAUUUUGGAAGGUGUUACGAGAGACUCAAUUCUAACUUUAGCCAAGGAAAACUUGAGCUCCGAAGAAUGGACUAUCUCUGAGCGCUACUUCAGCAUCAGAGAAGUUGAGGAGAGAGCUGCUAAAGGUGAAUUAGUCGAAGCCUUUGGUUCUGGUACCGCUGCAGUUGUCUCCCCCAUCAAGGAGAUCGACUGGAAGGGAAGUGCCAUUCACGUUCCUCUUCAGCCUGACAAGCAGACUGGAGCUCUGGCCGAGCGAGUGGCUAGAUGGAUCGCUGACAUCCAGUAGGGUGAGGCGAAGUACGAAAACUGGUCUCGCAUUGUUGCUUGA